CACUCACUCUCUCUCUUUCCAGAUCAGACCCUAGAAGGUGAAACCAGUUCUGAUUGACACAUCGAGAAGCAAAAGGGAAUUGGAUCUAUUAGGGAGAAGUUCCAGAUAUCGGAAUCGGUUUCCAUGGAGAGGGAAUCAAAAUCGUAAUUCUUUUUAGCUUCUUUGAGAUAGUAAACCUCACCUCUGAAAUGGCGGGGAAAACGGAUUCUGUUUCGAUCCGGGUGCCAUACAAGAAUAUCAGGCAAGCUGAAGUCGAAUUGAUCGCUUCCAAUGAAGCUCACCACCCGAUCGAUCUCAGUUCUAGGUCCUCCAAUGGCAUCUCGAGUCCAUCCGGCUCCUCUUUGCCUCCUUCCGUCCCUAACUCCAGCGGUUGGAAUACUUUGAUUCUCAGCAGUAUGAUUGCUGCCGGUGUUCAAUUCGGUUGGGCCUUGCAGCUUUCACUUCUGACUCCCUAUAUACAGACUCUUGGAAUAGAGCAUGCCUUUUCUUCAUUCAUUUGGCUUUGUGGCCCUAUUACUGGCCUUGCGGUUCAACCUUGUGUUGGUGUUUGGAGUGAUAAGUGCCACUCGAAAUAUGGAAGAAGAAGACCAUUUAUUUUUCUUGGGUCUCUUCUGAUCUCCGUUGCUGUGAUAAUAAUUGGGUUUUCUGCGGACAUUGGAUAUUUAUUAGGAGAUACACAGGAGCAUUGCAGUACAUAUAAAGGUACUCGAACAAGGGCAGCUAUUGUCUUUGUCAUUGGUUUUUGGAUGCUGGAUCUUGCUAACAAUACUGUGCAGGGUCCAGCUCGUGCUCUUCUGGCUGAUCUCUCAGGUCCUGAUCAACGAAAUUCAGCAAAUGCAAUAUUUUGCUCAUGGAUGGCUGUUGGAAAUAUUCUAGGCUUCUCUGCAGGUGCUAGUGGGCAUUGGCAUAGGUGGUUUCCGUUUCUGCUCAGUAGGGCUUGCUGUGAAGCCUGUGCAAAUCUGAAGGCAGCUUUUCUAGUUGCAGUGGUCUUUCUCGCACUCUGCACAGCGGUGACUCUUUAUUUUGCUAACGAAGUUCCAUUAGUCACCAGUGAGGCCCAUCGUUUAUCAGAUUCUGCUCCCUUAUUGAGUGAUACUCCGCAUUCUGGCAUUGAGCUUGCAAGGUUAAAUUCCGAUAAGUCACUUGAUGACCAUGCAUCUGAGAUUGAUAAUGUAGAUGGUAACCCGAAGCAUCUUGACUUGAAAGUUAAAGAGGAACAAAGUGAAAGCUUUAAUGAUGGACCUGGAGCAGUGUUGGUCAAUCUUUUGACAAGCUUAAGGCAUUUACCACCUGCAAUGCAUUCAGUGCUUAUUGUCAUGGCUCUCAGUUGGCUUUCUUGGUUUCCAUUUUUUCUCUUUGAUACUGAUUGGAUGGGGAGGGAGGUUUACCUUGGCGAUCCAAAAGGGAAUGACGAUCAAGUGGGUGCAUACCAGAGAGGUGUCAGAGAAGGUGCAUUUGGUUUGCUAUUGAAUUCAGUUGUUUUGGGGAUCAGCUCUUUCCUUAUUGAACCAAUGUGUAAGCGGAUGGGUGCACGACUAGUGUGGGCAAUGAGCAAUUUUAUUGUGUUUGUCUGCAUGACAGGCACAGCAAUCAUUAGUUUAUUUUCUGUUAGGGAAAAUCCUCACGGAAUUCAGCAUGUGAUUGGAGGGAAUCAAGCAGCCAAGAUUGCUGCAUUGGUUGUAUUUUGUCUUCUAGGGUUUCCUCUCGCUAUUACAUACAGUGUCCCCUUUUCUGUGACAGCAGAAUUGACUGCUGAUACUGGUGGUGGACAAGGUCUGGCUAUUGGAGUUCUAAAUCUUGCAAUUGUUAUCCCUCAGAUGAUUGUAUCCCUUGGAGCGGGUCCGUGGGAUGCUCUCUUUGGAGGAGGUAAUAUACCUGCCUUUGUGCUUGCUUCCAUUUCUGCCCUUGUGGCAGGUGUUAUUGCAGUUCGUAAACUGCCAAACCUUUCAAGCAUUGCAUACAACGCACCUGGUUUUCAUUUUGGGUGAAACACACAAGGACCAUCCUCAUACAAACCCUGAAGACAGGUCCCGGCCACCUACUUUGGGGAAUGGAUCCAACUUCCAAUCCAAUGAAUCUCAUAUUCAAAUUCAUUCAUUUUAUUCUUUUCACUCCUGUAUUUGUAGUGAGUGGUGUAAAAUAUCUCAUAUUAAAAUCCAGUGGUAGAUAUACGUCAAGAUACCUAAAUUUUGCUGUCUAGCUGUAUUUUUCCAUGUAGUUCGAUGAUGAUGAGCUUACACAUAUUCCUUAUUAUGAUAUCCCACCAGCCGAUCGAUGUUUCUUUGUGGCAUGUUUUUAUUAUUGCUGUGGGAUAUUAACUACUUACAGAGAUGUUUGAUUUGAUUC